UGAGCUGAAGGGCGGUAGUAAGAGAAUAAUACAAACCCCCGGAAUUUUCUCCUUUACUGGAUAGUGACACAAAUCUCUUCUGCGGUUCUGCAUGAUCAAUACAAGGAAAGGUUCUGCUAUGGAGGAAUAACAGCAUGGGCUUUUGUUUCUGAUUCAAACACUUGCAAUGCCAAAUUUAGGAUCAAAGAAGAAAAACAAUCUAUCCAGAAUGGAUAGACAUGUCCAGGACUUGCCACAGCUGAGCAAUGAGAUGCAGCUUAGCAUCAUGAAAAGGGUAAAGAAUGGCGAGUUAUCCAUCGAUGAUGCUCUGGACCAGGCAAGAAAGGGCAGGGACCAGCCCCUCAAGCUACCGAACGCUCCUGAAGAAGAGCCACCACCGUCACAAUUCAACUUCAGUGUUCACAAGAACAGUCGCUACAGGUGGCAGAAGAGGAUCCUUCAGAUUGAUUUCAAGACCAAAAUGGUGUGCAGCAUAGAGAAAGGCAUCGUCAAACGCCAACUUCCUUUCUCCGCUGUCAAGAGUUGUGAUGAUGGAGUGGGGUCGAGGUUCUCAAUUUCCUUUAAAGCACAUCAUGACUAUGAACUGGAGGCCACAUCACUGGAAGACAAACAUAAGAUGAUGCAGCUUGUGAGUCAGAUCAUUUACGGGAACAUCUACCAUGAUUCCGAAGAGGACGAUGCAGAAACACACCGACAGCCUUCGGUGUCACACAGCCUUCGAGAAGGAGUUUUAUUGCUGCACAGAGGUGGCCUGGCUUCAUUCAAAUGGGUGAAAUAUGAGGCCCAGCUCCAUCCAGGUCAGUUAACACUGGUACCGCUCAGGCAACGAGCUCCCGCAGACGGCGAGCUGACGUCCUCGGUGCCCCGGUCCAUCGUGAUUCACCUGUCAGACGGGGACACCAGCGUCCAGAAACCCCACGGCACGGACACUUUCACUUUGAUCACCCACAAAAAUGAGUACCAGCUCAGGGUGCCCAUACAAGAUCAAACAGCUGCUCCUGGUUCUGUGCAGAGGGAGCGGGACGCCUGGGUUCACGCCAUAGACAGACUGUGUUCGGACUGGAAGAGGAAGUCCAGGUCCGAACACAUGUUUGCGGAAACAAAGACUUUCAGACACUGCAGCAUACCAGAAGAUAGAGAGGACAAAGAAUCAGACCUUGAGUCCAGCGGUGAAUUUGGUGGUGUAAUUUAUCCUCCACCGGGCAAUAAAGAUACAGAUCCGUCUUUCAGUGAAACAACUCAACCUUCAGCUGAUUCUGCAAGGCCCAUCCCUAAACCUCGUACUGCCAAGGCUGCUGCCCAAGUCAAUGCUCCUGAUAUUUUAAACCCCAUCCAAUCGCCAACCCCAAGACCACUGUCCUCCUCUACCCCCUCCCCUUGCCCAGCUGAGGCAGGCAGAGCCUCUUCUACAGGCUCUGAGGCUCAGGAAUCUGGUUCUCCAGUUAUGAAAAGGCCUCCACCAUUGAACAUCCCACCCCCCCCGCCUUUACCCCCCAGACUGACAACAAAUUUGAAAAAAAAACAUACCAAGCCAUUCCACUGGGAUCUCAUCGGCUCAGAGAAGAUUGCAAAAUCCAUUUGGACACAGGACAGCGGCAGGAGGAUUAAAAUCGAUACGUCGCGCUUGUAUGAGCAGUUCGCUGUUAAAGAUCUGGGGAUGUUUGGUGCCGCUGAGCAGAGUAACACCCAGGAGAUAAUGCUCAACCAGAAGAUUGCACACAAUUUCAACAUUUUCCUCAAAAGUUUCCCGGUGCAACCAGGGGAGCUGAAGGACAAACUGUUCAUCAUUAACGAGGAGGACGGAGGCCUGUCUGAUGAGCACAUCACCUCUCUGAGAAGGUAUGUCCCCACCAUGGAUGAUGUGGAAAUGUACAAAUCUCACAAGGGACCUGUUUCUGAACUGCAUAAUGUGGACCAGUACAUGUUGGAGAUGUGCAACAUUCCUCACCUGAGCACCCAACUCGACCUGCUUUUGACUCUGAGGGAGCUUCCGGUCAGCAUGAACGACCUGCAGCCUCUGAUUAACCAGAAGAUCAGAAUGUGCACGCAGCUGUUCAACUGCAGGUCAUUUGUUUGCGUGCUGGAGUACCUGCUCGCCGUCGGCAAUUACCUGAACGAGAAUGCCGGAAAGGAAAAGGCCAGGGGAUUCCGCCUCUCCUCCCUAACCAAACUCUCCCAGCUGCGUGGGAAGGACAGAAAGUUCACCUUGCUCCAUGCCCUUGUGGAGCAGAUCGUGUUGCACGAACCGUGCCUGGCCGCUUUUACCCAGGAGCUGGCAGAAUUUGAAACUGUCCCUGGAGCUUCCAUCAAAGGCUUGACCGCAGAAGUGGACGUACUGAAGAAUGAACUUCAGAAAGUCAUUCAAUACAGGAAAACCGCAAAGAAGAAACAUGCUGGAUCUCAUCACCCAAAUUUCUCCAAAGAUCUGAAGACAGCAAUUGAGAAGUACAACCUUGAUCUAGCUUCACUUACGAAGACAUGCGAGGAGAUGAAAAAACUCUAUUCUUCCAUACUGAUUAAGUUUGGGGAACCGGCAGAUCAGGACUCUCAGGAGCUGUUUGGCGUCAUCUGUAAUUUCCUCCACGACUUCAAAACGGCCCAUGCUGAAGCCGUAUGAGCCCAUCUCUGUGACCACUGACACUGCAGUUUUACGACGCUUAUUAAACUGAAAAACCGAUCCGCGUCCCCCAAUUAGGUGGACAUGACUGUUGGAAUUCGCUUACGUGUGCAGAAAACGUGACAAACAGCGGUUCGCUGUUGAUGUUAUGUCUUCAUCGGUGGUGCGGGAGUCAACUAUGACAGACCCCAGAUCACAUUUAUACACAACGUUCACUUUUACCUUCCUCCUGGGUAAGGAUCAGGUGUGACCUGUUUUUAGGUUUUAAACGCACAGCAUUGCUGCAAUAUUUGACCCAUAAAUGCAUUGUUUUGUGUUAUUCAGUUUGAGUUUUUUUUUAAUAUCCAUGACUUUCUAUGUGAUUGUAUUUUGUAUGGCACACCGGUGGAUGUGAUUUCUAAUACAGUGGCAUUUUUGUGGAUGGGAAUUAACCCUGUAAUGCCAAACGUAU